AUGGACAGUUGUUUGCAAACUUUGAAAGUUGAAGAAUGUGGGUUGAGAAUGGGUGAGUCAACCGUCAAAUGCCUUUUGUACGCCGAUGAUCAAGUCAUAUUUGCAUCGUCGGCGGCCGAGUUGCAAAUGAUGUUUAUCGUAGUGCUCGCCUUUGUGGCCGCAGUUCACAGUUCAGUGGUGCCUGCAGCUUUAGUCGCGAAAGCAGACGAUGACUAUACUAGCUUUAGUUACGACGUGGCUGAUCCUGCAACCGGGGACUACAAACAUCAGGAGGAGACUCGCGUCGGUCGAACAGUAAAGGGCCAGUACUCUUUUCUAGAAGCUGACGGUACUACACGUAUUGUAGACUACACCGCUGACGUCAAUGGUUUCCAUGCGGUUUUGAUCGUAGUCCUCGCCUUUGUGGCUGCAGCGCACUGCUCAGUGGUGCCUGCAACAACAGUGGUGAAAGCAGACGACGACUACACGAGCUUUGCAUAUGAUGUGGCUGACCCCAUUACUGGAGACUUCAAAAGCCAGUCGGAGACCCGAGUCGGUGGUACAGUGAAGGGCCAAUACUCGCUGCUCGAAGCUGACGGAACUAAACGUACUGUCGACUACACUGCAGAUGACAUCAAUGGUUUCAACGCAGUUGUGAAAAACGAACCUGCAGUUGUCACUACUAAGGUUGCUGCGCCUGCAGUAGUAUCUACGCCGGUCGUAUCCCGAGCCUCUGUUCCUGCUCGCGGGAUCAGUGGCUCCACCUACACCAUCGCUACUCCAUCUGUAUACACUGCUUCUCCUUCUGUUUAUGCAAUUAAAAACAUUGCCGCCCCUUUGUACUACUCUAGCUCACCGUACACAUAUACUUCUUAUUCUGUCCCAGUCACUUACUGGUAA